GUUCCUUUUACGCACGAGUUCCCAUGCUCGUACGUCUUGCAACUGGUGUCUAAGAAAUCAAGGUAACUAAAAAAUAAGGUUUGAACUGUCAUCUAUAACUCAAAAAGCAAUCAAUUCUGGGAGAAGAUUAAUUUCUUGUUUCUACGAUUUUUAGUCACUAUUUGUAUAUGAACGAAACAAAUCAAAGUGAAGCGUUUAUACUUUGGGCAUGUACGAUGUGGGCAACUACGAGGAGCGUGCGGGGUCCCGCGCCUGGCGCCCCAUGCCGCCACAGUUCGUCACCUUCGUACCGUACGCGUGUGGGCAACUCGAGGCAUCUUUCGAAGUCAGAGUCAACGUCGAAUGCCAAGGCCAAUACUAUGGAGUAGAUGAUAAAAAGAAGAAUAAACGGCUGUCUCAGCGUCGCCUCGGCGCAUACAGCACGCGGCGCGCGCUGGUGGUGCCGUCGGGCUCCGUGCUGGCAGUGGCCCGCGCGCCCACCGCCGCCAACCUGGUGCUGGACGACGGCGUGGUGCUGGUACACGCCGUCAUGGACUCGGCCGAGAACCUGGUGGAGAUCGCGUUCCGGCGCUGCGUUACUAUCCCGCGCAUGCUCAUUCAGGUCAUAGGCUGGAGUGUGCCUCACCACGAAUUCUUGUCCAGACUGACAAUCCGCUGGGCAGCACUAGAUGCAAUCGCAUUGUAUGAAUUCUCAAAGUUCUUGAGCAACGUGAAUCUCACCGAGAUUUGUCUAGACGACUCGCCCGUGAAGGGGCGCAACUACGAGGUGCUCCUGGCCAGCCCUAACCACUUGCGCUAUCUGUCGCUGGCGCGCUGCAACCUGGACGACGAGGACACGGCGCGGCUGGCCAUGCACCUGCAGUACCCGCGGCCCGCCGCCAGCACGCUGGCCGUGCUGCUGCUGGCCGCCAACCGCGUCGGGGACGCCGGCGCCGCCGCGCUGGCCGACGCGCUGCGCAGUAACCGCACCCUGCGGUGCCUCAAUCUAUCGGGCAACGUCAUCUCCGACGUGGGAGCCAUUAGUAUAUUUGACACUCUCACGGAAUUUCCUUUGACGACCGACGAAAUUAUUAAAAAGAGAUUACGGUUCCUCGAAUAUCUAAAAUUGAAGAGCGAAGUGUACGAUAAAUGUGUGAGACAGUUGAUUCUGGAAAGAAAUCACGACGAAGCCCGGGCGAUGAGGCGGCGGCCGACAAUGCAAGCCCCGCAGAGGAGGAUCAGCGUGAAGGCGUCGCAAUUCAGCAACGCCUUGUACCAGAAAGCGGAGACCUUGGCAAACGAUCUAGUGGGCAUGUUCACAGACCCCUUCAGUGUCGAGCAGACGGUGACGCGCAGCGACCACACGUACUGCAUCGGCAACACCAGCCUGUGCUGGCUCAACCUGUCCUACAACAACCUGGAGUACUCCAGCCUGGGCGCGCUGUACGAGGCCCUGGUGCACCAGCAGUGGCUGGGCCCGCGCGCCGCGCCCGGCCUGCUGCGGGUCAACGUCGACGGGAACCGCCUGCCCGUAGACUGCGACCAAUUGUUUCUCAUUGAAGAUUUAUUGGAUAAGGCUCGGUGCUCGAAAAGUAGGCAAAUUAAACACGUUGUCGAAAAGCUCCGCCCCGGUCGUGUUCGAUCUUCCAGUUAG